AUGCAGCUCUCGCGCUCGUUUGCCACCCUCGUGACGCUCUCGGUGCUCGUCGCCCAUCACAGCACCGUCGCCCGGCCCAUCUCUGACCACGCCCAGCCCCAGAGCGACCUCGCGUCCCGCAGCGGAAAUGCUCCCGGCACCGAGACCAUCCCCGCCUCGGACCCUUCUCGCGCUGCGAGCCAGGCCGCUGCCUCUACGGCUGCUCCCAGCGAGGAUCAGCAGCGUCAGCAGCUGAUGAUGAUGAUCUCGCACGGCAGCGGCGGACCCAUCAAGCUGCAGACGGAGCCGCCAAGGGAAGAAAAGAAAAAGGCCGGCGAGUCAAAGGCGGACAAGAAGGGCCAGAGCAAGGGCCAGAGCGAGAAGGGCGGCGCCAAGAGCAAGGACGCAGGCGAGAAGAAGUUGACAAAGGGAAAGAGCAGGCACAGGGGCAUGGACACGGAUACGGACACGCAGAGCGGAAAAGGAAAAGGAAAGGACAGGUCGAGCACCGCCGCCACGACGGCCAAGGGCAAGAGCAAAGGCGAGGACCGUGGCCAGGACGACAAACACGGCAAGGCCAAGGCGACGACCAAGGGCAUGAGCAAGUCGCACGACGACGUCAAAAAGGCCGGCGAAGGCAAGAAGGGGAUGAACGGCCUCGUCCAGCCGACAGCCAAGGGCGCGGGAGAGACCAAGCUCCCAAAGGCCGCCGUCGCUGGGUCAGCGGCAGGUGCGGGUGCAGCCACCGCAGCCGCUGCUGCCGCUCCGCUGGCCAACCUGGCUGACGAUGCCGCCGAAGAUGCCGAUGACGAGGCCGAGCCAGAGGCGGACGAGGCGCCGUCGCGUCCCUCGUCGGCCAACUUCCCCGCCACGGUCUUCAACUCGACGUCGAGCCUCGCCUCGAACCACAGCGCGAGCGCCAACACCACGUCCUCUUCCUCGUCCACCCAGCUCCCCUCGACCGCGUCAACGGCGUCGAACGCGACGGCCCAGGCUCAGGCUCCAGCGUCGGCGAACCUGUCCUCGCUGCGGGGAGCGCUGAUCCCGCGCACGCGUUUCUGCGCGCAGCCCGAGAACAAGAACAAGACGAUCGACACCCUGACGCUGGCGCUGGUGCAGAAGGAGAAGAAGCGGCUGACCAAGCUGCGCGAGAGCCGCGAGGACAAGGGCCGCUCGCUCACCAACGCCCAGAUCCUCGCCGACGCCAAAAAGAGCGUCGACGUCGUCUUCCACGUCGUGCACGAUGGCAAGGAGGGUAACCUCACCUCGUCCCAGAUCAAUCAGCAGGUCGACGUGCUCAACUCUGACUACUCCAAGUACGGCUUCCAAUUCGCGCUCAACGCGACAAACUACGUCGACAAUGCUGACUGGUUCCGCAACGUGGCGCCGGGCAGCACGCAGCAGGACGAGCUCAAGAACGCCAACCACCGCGGCGAUGAAAAGGUGCUCAAUUUGUACAGCGUCAAUUUCUCAAACAACCUGCUUGGGUACGCCACGUUUCCGUGGGACGCGCGCGACGCCCUCAAGCAGGACGGCGUCGUGUUCCAGUACUCGACGGUGCCCGGUGGCAACGAGCUGGGGUACAAUAUGGGAAAGACAGCCACCCACGAGGUCGGACACUGGCUCGGUCUCUACCAUGUUUUCCAAGGAGGCUGCGCCGCGCCGGGCGACCUGGUCGACGACACCCCGCCCCAGAGCCAGGCCACCAGCGGCUGUCCCGCUCGGCAGGACAGCUGCCCCGGCGGCGGAGUCGACAGCAUCCACAACUACAUGGACUACUCGAACGACGAAUGCCUGACGGAAUUCACCGACGGUCAAGCGGUGCGAAUGGCGGCCAUCGUGACCGAGUAUCGGGGCCUUUAG